AUGAAACACCUCUACAUAGAGAAAAAGGGAAUGUCCACCGGGGACCAGCUGCAGGAGGAGGCGCUCCUGCACUUCUCCUCCAUAACGCCCAUCAACAACGUGGUUCAGGACCCCCGCAGCGGGCGCGUCUACCUGGGUGCCGUCAACACCAUCUACCAGCUGGACGAGGCGCUGCGUGAAGAGGCCCGCACCGUGACUGGCCCCAAGGAGGAUGCCCGCACCUGCACCCCGCCUGUCUCCACUCCGUACUGCCAGGACACCAAGCCCAGCCCUAAUGUCAAUAAGCUGCUGCUGGUGCACCCAUCCAACGGCUCACUGAUCGUAUGUGGGUCCCGAUACCGGGGUAUCUGUUCCCUCCUCAACCUGAGCAAUGUGGAGCAGCAACUGUACUACAGUGACUCUAAGGGGGAGAGGACUUAUGUAGCUAGCAUAGAGGACGGGGUAGCCGUGGUGGCCGUCAUGUCUACAUACGUUAAUAAAGACGGCAACACCUUUAAUGUGUUUCUGGUGGGAAAGGGCUACGGCAGCCUGGACAGCUCCAAACUCAUCAGCACGCGCAUCCUCCAGGACUACCGCGACUGGGUGGUAUUCGAGAGCAUCAUCGAGGCGUCCACCGUGCAGGCAACACCCUUCGUGCCCAAGUACCUGCACGACUUCCGCCACGCCUUCAAGGAGGAGGGCUUUGUCUACUUCCUGUUCUCCAGGACCAUGGGAAGCACCGAUAACAAGAACCUCACCUUCGUGUCUCGACUGUGUGAGGACGACCCUCACUACUACUCUUACACAGAGCUGCAGCUCAACUGUGGCCCGGGGAACAGGUACAACAAGGUGCAGGCAGCCUAUGUGGCGUCCCCAGGUAAAGAGCUGGCCCGGGGGAUGACGGAGUCGGGCCAGUAUGGUCAAGUACUCCCCUGGCACAAGGUGCUGUUCAUGGUGGCCAGCCCGGAUGACGACGGCGCCGACUCGGCCCUGUGCAUGUACCCUCUAAACACCAUCAAUGAGAGGCUGGUGGACAUCAUCAGUGCCUGCUACAGCGACUCGGGCAAGAUCGCAGGCAUCCCAGCUGUGGACAUCCCCUACUCCUACAAGACAGACGAGUUCUGCACCUCCCAUAUUGACAAAGACACUCUGAACAACUAUAAGUGUGGGGCGGACUUCCUUCCCUCUCCACUGGCCAGUAAGCCAGAGUUUGCCCUGCAGGCGAAGGCGGUCAUCAUCAGGAGGUGCCUGCUGACCGCUGUGGCCAUCGCUGUGGAGAAUGACCACACUAUUGCCUUCCUGGGGAACAGCCUGGGAGAGGUGUACAAGGUGCAUCUGACUGCCAACCCAGAGGUGUACAGUCAAGUGCCAGGGGACACCACAGGGAAACGCAUCAACAAAAAACUCUUCUUUGACGCCAGCCACAGCCACCUGUAUAUCACCACUGAGAAAAAGAUCACCAAGAUGCCAGUGCAGACGUGCCAUCUGAAAACAGACUGCCAGUCCUGUGUGUCACCAUGGGACCCCUACUGUGGCUGGUGUGUUCUGGAGGGCAGGUGUACCAGGAGGUCUGAUUGCCGGCGAGCGGAGGAGAAGAACGGCUGGUUGUGGAGCCCCAAGCAGCAGUGUGUGAAGAUCGUGUCCUUCAACCCACCCAACCUCAGCUGCAAAAAGACCCAGCAGGUGGAGAUCAACGUGCCCUCCCUCCCCUCCUUCGGGCAGGCAGACCGUCUGUGCUGUGUGUUCCCCUCCUAUAUGAGUGACGCCACCAUGUCCUCUGGCCAGGUCACUUGUGCCCUGCCCAAUCCCGUCUCCUUACCAUCCACACCUGAACACCAGGAUUUCGUGGCGGUGCCCAUUAAGAUCUUUGUGAACGAGUCGGUGGAGCUGGCCACCAGGGAGUUCAAUUUCUACAACUGUUCAGCCACUGUGAGGAAAGCAGAGAGCACACCGUGUUUGUCGUGUGUGGCCAGCCCAUGGGGCUGCCAGUGGAACACCCAGGACCACACCUGCCAGGACAAGGACGACACUGUGUUGGGCCCUCAAAUCAUCAAACACAGACAGGGGGCAAGAUGUCCCCAGUUCGAGAACCCUGAUCCUGUGCUCAUUCCUGUGGGGUUUAAAACCACCAUCGGCUUCGAGGGCAUCAACCUGGAUGUUUACCAGGACCGGGUGUUCACCAUCGGCACAGAGCUGAUGAGAAACAUGGAGGAGGACGUCAGGUCUGAAGAUGGGCCCUUCUACAGCUUCAACGGUUUUAACUUUUCCUUCGAUAAGUCACAGGAGACCAACGUUCUGUUCUACGUGAAGGACAAACAGUCGGGCAAGAAAAUAGACAGCACGCUGAAUGUGACCCUAUAUAGCUGCUCGCUGGGCCGUGAGGACUGCAGCCUGUGUAAGAACGCUGACCCUAAGUACAGCUGUGUGUGGUGUGUCAAAAGGAAGUCGUGCGUCUAUGAGAAGCUGUGUACUAAUGACCAGGGUACAGAGUGCCCUGACCCACACAUCACUGACAUCAUCCCUCGCUACGGGCCCGUGAGGGGGGGCAUCUCUGUCACCAUCAAGGGCUCCAACCUGGGCAUCCACAAGGAGGACAUCAAGGCCAUCAGUGUGGUGGGGGUCCCCUGUAUACAUCAGGAGAACAAAUACGCCGUCUCCACCAGCGUGGUGUGUGAGAUCGGGCCCUUGGAUCCCCCGAGUAAAAACUGGGGCCAGGUGGAGGUGGAGGUAGAGGGAGGGAAGAGAGGAACGUCAUCUGCUUUCUUCACAUACCGGGACCCCAUCGCCCGCUCGGUGCACCCCGCCAACGGCUCCAAGGCCGGGGGGACGGUCAUCACCAUCUCUGGCUUCAACCUAGACACAGCCACCAGGGAGGACAUUGCCGUCACCGUUGGGGGGGUGGUGUGCACUGUGGAGACGUUUGGUGCAGCCAUCACCUGCAGGAUGGGAGAGUACAGGGCGGAUAAGGUUCCCUCUGACCUGCUCACGGUGACAGUAAAGUAUGGGAAGAGCACCACCACAGCCGUCCCCACAGCCUUCCAGUUCUGGGAGAACCCCACUAUCCUGGACCAUCACCCCAAGGGAAGCUUUGUGUGUGGUGGGAGGACCAUCGUGGUGACUGGAUCUGGGUUUGACCUAAUUCAGAACGCCAUCAUGAGGGUCCAGGCCUCGGCUGACAAGUGGGCCGGCAUAACUCCUACUGAGUACCUCCAGGAGGCUCUGAGUAAGAACAACACGGUAAUCCAGUUCCUGACCCCGGCCGUCAACAGGUCUUCUGAGUCCCAUUUGUUCAGGACCUUCAUCCAGCUGGACAACUGGGGGAGGGAGCUCAAGCCCUUCGACUACCACCCUGACCCCGCCUUCGACCCCCUCACCAAGAAGAUCAUCACCGAGACCUCCAUCAUUGUCGUCACUGGCCGAGGUUUCGAAAAAGCCAUGACAGCCAAAGAGGCCCAGGCGUUUGUGGGGGAUGUCCCGUGCUAUGUCAACGCCCUCCAGGAUGACAAGCUGUUCUUGGAUCCCCCGUCUAGCCAGCCCCAGGCCCGCUCCAAACGCCACCGCAGACGCAGAGACACCAGCUCCGACCCAUUGGACCUGCUGAUUAAGUUUGGGAAUGGCGAGUGGGUGGUGGGCUCUGUGCACUACGAGAGCAAUAAUGAGGUUCCUCUCUUCAUCAUCAUCCCUGCUGUCAUCAUCCCCAUGCUGCUCAUCAUCCUCGUCUCCGUCUACUGCUACAGGAGGAAGAGCCAACAGGCUGAAAGAGAGUAUGAGAAGGUGAAACACCAGCUGGAGAAUCUGGAGGAGAGUGUACGAGAUCGCUGCAAGAAAGAGUUCACAGACCUGAUGAUAGAGAUGGAGGACCAUACCAACGAACUGAGCGAGGGGCGAAUCCCCUUCCUGGACUAUAAGACCUACACGGACCGCGUCUUCUUCCUGCCUUCCAAGGACGGGGCCAACGAUGUGAUGAUCACGGGCAAGCUGGACAUCCCUGAGGCACGGAAGGCCAUCGUGGGCCAGGCCCUCAACCAGUUCUCUAACCUGCUCAACUCCAAGACCUUCCUCAUCAAUUUCAUCAAGACCUUGGAAGGACGUCCAGACUUCAACGCCCGGGCCAAGGUGUACUUUGCAUCCCUGCUAACGGUGGCUCUGCAUGGGAAGCUGGAGUACUACACGGACAUCAUGAGGACCCUGCUGCUGGAACUCAUGGGGAACUAUGUCGACAGCAAGAACCCCAAACUCAUGCUGCGCAGGUCAGAGACAGUGGUGGAGAGGAUGCUGUGUAACUGGAUGUCCAUCUGUCUUUACCAGUUCCUCAAGGACUCAGCAGGGGAACCCCUGUACAAGCUGUUCAGGGCCAUCAAGCAUCAGACAGAGAAGGGUCCAGUAGACGCCAGAGUGAAGAAGGCCAAGUACACCCUGAACGACACGGGCCUGCUUGGAGACGACGUGGAGUACUGCGUCCUGACUCUGCAGGUGCUGGUGCACGGGGAGGGGCCAGACGUGACGCCCGUCAAGGUGUUGAACUGCGACACGGUGUCCCAGGUGAAGGAGAAGAUCAUCGAGGCGGUGUACAGGAACCUGCCCUACUCACAGAGACCCAAAGUGGACAGCGUCAGUCUGGAGUGGCGUCCUGGUUCCACAGGGCAGAUCCUGUCAGACCUGGACCUGACGUCCCAGAAAGAGGGCAGGUGGAGGCGCAUCAACACGCUGGCCCACUACAAUGUGCGAGACAAUGCUACUCUAGUCCUGUCCAUGGUUCUUCACACUCAACAGAACUAUUACCAGAACCAGGAUAACCAAGAGGAGAGAAAUGCCCUGUUGGAGGAUGACAAGGUGUUCCAUCUGGUUCGGCCUGAUGAGCUGGAUGAGAUGAAGUCCAAGAGGGGCAUGAAGGACAAGUCCAUGACCAAAGCCAUCACUGAGAUCUAUCUCACACGACUGCUCUCUGUCAAGGGAACCCUGCAACAGUUUGUGGAUGACUUCUUCCGCAGCGUGUUGUGUUCCGGGUCGGUGGUGCCACCCGCCAUCAAGUACUUCUUUGACUUCCUGGACGAGCAGGCCCUCAAACAUGACAACGUGGAUGAGGAGACCGUACACAUCUGGAAGACCAACAGCUUGCCUCUGAGGUUCUGGGUGAACAUCCUGAAGAACCCUCACUUCACCUUCGACGUCCACGUGACAGAGGUGGUGGACGCCUCGCUGUCCGUCAUCGCUCAGACCUUCAUGGACGCCUGCACCAAGACAGAGCACAAACUCAGCCGAGACUCUCCAAGUAACAAACUACUCUAUGCAAAGGAGAUCUCCACCUACAAGAAGAUGGUCGAUGAUUACUACAAGGGCAUCAGACAGAUGGUAUCAGUCAGCGACCAGGACAUGAACACUCAUCUGGCAGAGGUGUCUCGGACUCAUACAGACAAACUCAACACACAAGUGGCUCUGCAUCAGCUCUACCAGUACGCCAGCAAAUACUACGACGGGAUCAUCCAGUCCCUAGAUGAGGACCCGGCAGCCCAGAGUAAACAGCUCACCCUGCGGCUUCAGCGGAUAGCAGCCGCCCUUGAGAACAAAGUGACAGACCUCUAACCCACUGGAGGAGCCACUGAGACGGAGAGGGAGGGAUGGAGGGAGAUGGUACCGUGCCACCAGUGUCUACAGGGGCUUAUUUAUCCUGGCAGAGGAGAAAGAAACAGAGAAAGGGGUCCCGCAAGGCCUUGAUGUUGACACCUUCAACCCAGCAGGCCCAGAAUGUGGGACAGAUCAGAGUCUGCAGAGUGGAACAGAAUAGGACCAAUGAAACAAAGACAGAUCAGAGUCUGCAGAGUGGAACAGAAUAGGACCAAUGAAACAAAGACAGAUCAGAGUCUGCAGAGGGGAACAGAAUAGGACCAAUGAAGCAAAGACAGAGAGAUGAUGAUGGGUUACACAUGUCAUCAUACUGUAGGAACGCCUUAACUUAAGUCCACUUGCCAAACUGAAAUAAUUGGUCGUUAACACUCACUCUGGCUGUUCCCACAAUGCAACAGGGGCCAGCCCCGGGAAAUAAGCCCCUGUGUUGAACACUGCUUGGCACAAAGAGAUAAUCAGAUGUUCAAUUUCAUCCUGUCUAGAAAAGUUGUAAGAACUGUAUGAUAUAUUUUUUAUUGUGCAGUCUUUAUGCGGAAAGCUUUAUAAGGAGAAAUUAUCUUUUAAAAUGGACUGCCUUGUGGUGUGUAUUGUGUUUCUAUAGCCAGUGUGUGGAUGUGGGUUUGGGUUUGGGUUUGGGUGUGGAUGUGUGUGCGUGUGCGUGUGUGUGCACGGAAUGCCUACUGUCAGGCCAGAGGGUGGAUGCCAUAUCUGUUAUUUUAAUCUCCACUAGUCACUGACACACAGGAGCCCGUUCUCCCACUGAGCUCCUCUACACAGACCAAACGUUCAGGCUAACUAUACACAGGCUCUUCUUGGAAAUGACCGGCCGACUUGUGACAGGUCGACUUGUGACAGGCCGACUUGUGACAGGCCGACUUGUGACAGGCCGACUUGUGACAGGCCGACUUGUGACAGGCCGACUUGUGACAGGCCGACUUGUGACAGGCCGACUUGUGACAGGUCGACUUGUGAUUUUCCAAAUUAUCGGUUUUAAUUGUAUUUUUAUUUUGAUUCAUAGCUCGAUGGCAGGGUUUGGUUGCCAAUAUGCCCUCACACUCAAACAUCCAUAACACAGCUAUUUCCCCUUGUUGGAGUACAUUCUCACACAUUCCACUGGAACCUCAGUUAGUUUUGACCUCCAGUUUAUAAUGUUUUAUUUUUUUUAAGCUAAAUAUCUCCCAAAUCAUGUAAUAUAUUUUGAAUAGCAUUAAAUUACAUUUUAAGUCAGGUGAAUUACAUUUUACUCUGUAGCCAGUCAAGCAUACAUCCUGCAAUAACAUAACAUUUUUUAUGUGUUUUACUUUAUAGAAUUUGUUGUUUACCAUUUCAUCUACAGUAGUGAAACAGCAAUACUUUAGUACUUGAGUGAAAAUAUACUGAGGAAAUAUAAAUAAUAUGACAGCAGAUAUAUUAUAGUAGCUAACUUACUAAGUAAUAUGACAGCAGAUAUAUUAUAGUAGCUAACUUACUAAGUAAUAUGACCAUGAUGUUACAAGUUGUUCAUAGUGUUUUGAGUUUCCUUAUUCUAUGCCAAAUUACUAUUAAUAUCCCAUUUUGUAAGCUUCUACUAAAUGGAAAUCGUACACUUUUAAAUUAAUAAUGAUUUUUACAACAUGCGCCAUCGUUGGUAUAAUGUGUCACAAGUCAGGUUAAUUUAUUUACAGUGCCAGUCAAAAGUUUGGACACACCUACUCAUUCCAGGGUUUUUCUUUAUUU